AUGGAGGAAUCUGGUGCUGGACCGCCUUUAUCGGCAGCGCAAAUCGAAACCUCAAAAGAGGGGCGAAAACACGAUUCUUCGAAAACUGCCAGAAGUAGCAGAGUUGCCAAGCGCAGUGUUACGGAUGGGAGCAUCGAGACUGAGGGUUUCGGAAGAGUCGCUUCGGAGUGGAGGGUUGCUAAAGGGAGGUCGAAAACGAUGCAUAAUGUUAUUACUUUAUCAGACGACGAAGGCCAUUUUGCUCAGGAGAUCCCGGAGAAGAAGAAGAAGAAGGCUGCUCGUCAGAGGAAAUCUGCGACCAUUAGUGAAAGUGCAAAGAAGGGUGCAAAAGGCGCUACUGCAUCCACGAAGAAGGGUAAAGGAAAAGGAAAAGCUGUUGUAAAUGAUUCUGAAGACGAUGGCGCUUUCUCUGAUGAGGCAUUUGCUCACCAUCCCAUCUCUAGUCCCAAUAAUGCUGUUGCCGAUGAAAUCGCUGUCCUCCAUCCUGGGCAGACUCCUGGCAGAAAGCGGCCAGGGGACCAAGUCAUGAUCGCCGUUUCAAUCGAGUCUCCACCCAAGCCCGUCAGGGAGCGCGGGUCAAUUACAAGAAAAACGGAAGAGAUCAAUCCGCCGGCCGAUGUCGUAGAACCCGAUUCCGACUUUAUGCAUGAAAACCCCCAACAUGACUAUGAGUCCGCUCCUUCAUCCCCGAAACCUGUCAUUCCUGCAAAGCGAGCUGCUUCGGGCGUUUCAGCUGGCAAGCGUAAAAAGAAAACUAAACCAGAGCUCGAAGAUGAGGAAGAAAAUUGGGAUGAGAAGCUCAAGGAGACCACCAAGAAAGCUGCGGUGAAAAGUAGAAAUGCUAAGGUCUUGGACACGGCGGUUAUUGAGGACAAGGCAGGAAUUGGGGAUCCCCUGCCAAAGCCAGCUGUGAGAGGUCGUGCUGCCAAAGCUAAGGUUGCUAGAAAGUUGCCCGUGGAAGACGAGGAAGAAGAAGCAGUUGAAGAGAAUCUUGAGGAAGUUGAAGAAACUCCUGCGGCUCUAAAAGCCGCUGCAAGAUCUAAUACUACUAAGGUUGCCACUACGGCAGGCGCUUCCGAGACCGAGGACAAAAGAGAAACCCCCGCUCUAGCAGAACCCGGAGCGGACACCAAAUUCUCGAGAGCAGAAACCGAAACCACUCCCGCACCUCCAGAACGCAAGUCCGCCACCCCGGCAUCGGCCUCCAAAAAACCGGCUGUUACCACCCCCGGUAGGGUUCCGUUUCGCGUGGGCUUGAGCCGCAAGAGUAAGAUCCCGUCAUUGUUGAAAGGGUUCAGGAAGUAGGCGGUUUGUCCUAUAUUCCUUUUGUCUUUGUUUUACUUCGCCGGAAUCGGAAUUUAGAUGGGCGGGGCGGAUGGAUGGAUGGGGGAGUUUAUGUUCUUUGAAUUAUGUUUUCUUUACUACCGCUUUCUUCAUUCUGCCUUCACUUUAUUUGGCUGGUGUUAUGGUGCUAUGUUUACAGGUAGAUGAGGUGGCUGGCUGGAAGGACGGAUAAAAGUGGAUGCUAAUAAC